GUUGUUGUCGUCGUCGUCGUCGUCGUACACGGACGGAAGACGAGCGCUCUCUAUGUCGACGCGCGAUCCCACGAUUCCCGUAACCCCGCGUCUUCCCUAACACCGUGUCUUUCGUCGGGUCGCGUUGGAAAAUAUUAUAAAAUGUUCGGUGAUAACAGUUGGCUGAUAGCCGAACGAUGCGAGUGGAUGCUGUUAAUUAGUGUUAAGUCGACACGAGUCGUCCGCGCAAAAGCAGCGGCGGCUGCUGUCGUAGUCCGCGGUUGACGAAACGUCGUGUUCGUUCGUCGACAAUCGGGUCAUGUUUUCCGCGUCGUAAAUAGCAUAAUAACAAUGUCGUCGUUAAACGCAUAUUUUUAUAACCCGUGUGCCGCGUAGUGUUCGCGAGGCUACGACGUCGAGAAAUGUAUUUACGACGACAACGCUUCGCUAUGACGGAGAACGACACCCGACCGGCCGGAUCGAUGCGAGAUCGAAUCGCGGGUAUAAAACAAACAUGGCGGAACGGCGAGAAGACGCGUGAGUACGUCUUUGUCGUGGAGAAGAACCACCUGAGGAACGCGCACCGACUCGUUCCCGCGUAAACGGCCACCGCGUUUUAGUGGGGGCGGUGGCGGCUACGGCGGGAAAAAAAUCAACCGCCACACGAACGCGUGGCCGUUCAAUGCUUUUGGCCGUCUUGUGGGUGGGCGGUUGCACAUUGUCACCGCCGCCGCCGCCCCCGCCAAAACACGACGGCCGAACGUUUUCUCGAAAAACGUGUGCGCCGCACACGCACGCGGCCGGCGACCAGUUUCGAAUCUGCGCUCAUCACGUUCGGUCGUCCGUCGUCCGUCUGGUCGUUUCGUCGGUCCGCCGGUUCACGUGUUCGUUCUUCGCCGGUCGUUGUUUCGCAUAAAAAUUCAAACGACCGUCCAUUAAAAAUAGAUAUUUUUAACCAGUUUUUUUUCACGCGUCACCCAACUUUGCACGCCAUGGUCGCACGCGUUGGCCGCCGGACCAGACGAGAGACGUCCAUGGUCGGAAUCGUUACAUUCGUCUUCAUGAUCGCCUUUGCUCUCGUCCUGGUCGUCGUCGUCUUCACUGCGAUCCGCAACGCGAUGUUUGCGUAAACGUUAUGUGAUUUGUUGUGCCGUGAACGCGUACCCGGUAAUAUCGCUCGGCUGUUCACUCGUAUUAUUGGUUUCAAUAGCGUCAAUUAUUAUCGAUUGAAUUGUGUUAAAAUUUUCAAAUUGUCCGAAUACGUGAGAAUAUAACUGAAUUCGACACGCGUCUGUACACUAUAUUAUGUGAUAGACAUUUUUGUCAACGCUGAACGUACACGCCGCUGUGAUCGGUCGUAACCAAACGAGUGCUACAAGUGCUACAGGCCUGCAAAUACCUACGCUUAAAAGAAUCGAGUGAUAAUUGAUGGGCAUGGAAUCUUAUUUAAUUUGCACCAGAUUACCUAAAUUAAAAUUAUGGAUUUGUCUCUAAAAAAUAAAAUUAAUGAACAAAAUAAAAAAUGUCCUACUAAAAUUAUUUUUACACCGGUGACUACAUCAUAUUUUUCUCCAAGUUAUUCCCAAUAUUUAAUGUCAAAUUUGAAUUUACAAAAGACUGCUUCAAGACCAUUGCCAGCAAUAAACCCAAAGAUUAAAGACAUUGAUACGUCCAGUAUUAAUAGCCCUGAUCCUGUUUUUACAAUGGCGCAUACUUCAACAAACUACCAAAGUAUGUCAAAUUUACAUUCAGUUUUAUAUCUAUCGAUGACUGCUUCAGAUUCAUUAGUUGAAAAACCAAAAUUUAAAGAGGAUGAAACACCGACUUAUAUUAAACAUCCUGAUAUAGUUAAUCCUACGGAGUCUACUUCACAUUUUACUUCACCAAACUACCAAAGUAUGUCCAAUUCACAUUCAAAUUUAUAUUUAUCAAAGAUUCCUUCAGAAUCAUCAGGAGUUGAAAAACCAAAAUUUAAAGAGGAUGAAACACCGACUUAUAUUAAACAUCCUGAUAUAGUUAAUCCUACGGAGACUACUUCACAUUUUACUUCACCAAACUACCGAAGUAUGUCUAAUUCACAUUCAAAUUUAUAUUUAUCAAAGAUUCCUUCAGAAUCAUCAGGAGUUGAAAAACCAAAGAUUAGAGACAUUGAAACUCCCACUUAUAUUAAUUCUCCUGAUAUAGUUUAUCCUAUGACGACUACUUCACAUUUUGCUUCAUCAAACUACCAAAGUUUGUCAAAUUUAUAUUUAUCAGGGAUUCCUUCAGAAUCGUCAGGAGUUGAAAAACCAAAGAUUAGAGACAUUGAAACUCCCACUUAUAUUAAUUCUCCUGAUAUAGUUUAUCCUAUGACGACUACUUCACAUUUUGCUUCAUCAAACUACCAACGUAUGUCAAAUUUAUAUUUAUCAGGGAUUCCUUCAGAAUCAACAGGAGUUGAAAAACCAAAGAUUAGAGACAUUGAAACUCCCACUUAUAUUAAUGCUCCUGAUAUAGUUUAUCCUAUGACGACUAUUUCACACUAUUCUUCAUCAAACUACCAAGAUAUGUCAAAUUUAUAUUUAUCAGGGAUACCUUCUGAAUCAUCAGGAUUGGUAAAACCAAAGAUUAGAGACAUUGAAACAUCCACUUGUAUCACUUAUAUUAAACCUCCUGAUACAGUUUAUCCUACGGUGACUACUUCAAUCUAUUCUUCAUCAAACUUCCAAAGUAUGUCAAAUUUAUAUUUAUCAGGGAUUGCUUCAGAAUCAUUAGGAGCUGUAAAACCAAAGAUUAGAGACGUUGAAACAUCCACUUGUAUCACUUAUAUUAAACCUCCUGAUACAGUUUGUCCUACGGUGACUACUUCACACUAUUCUUCAUCAAACUACCAAAGUAUGUCAAAUUUAUAUUUAUCAGGGAUACCUUCUGAAUCAUCAGGAUUGGUAAAACCAAAAAUUAGAGACGUUGAAACACCCACUUAUAUUGAACCUACCGAUUCAAUUUAUCCUAUGCAGACUACUUCAUAUUUUCCUUCAUUAUACUCCCGAAGAAUAUCAAAUUUAUAUUCAAAUUUAUAUUUAAUGAUGACUUCUCCAGAAUCAUUAGGAGUUGAAAAACCAAAAUUUAGACUUAUUAAAACAUUUAAUGAAGCUAAUCCUUUUGAUUCUCUUCUUAUGCCAGAGACUACUUCGCAUUCUCCUUCUACGAAUGACCAAGGAAUCAGCCCUAAAGUUAUAGACUAUGUUUUAAAAUGCAAAAAGAGUGUUGCUGAUCAAAGCGUUGUUGUUGUUAAUAGAAAGGAAGCCGAUACUCCUAUGUGCAGCAUUAAUAAAAAUAAUUCUGUCAACUAUGAUACUACUAGUGAAAAUAAUCAAAUGCCAUUAGAAGUGCCCAGUAUACCUAAUACGAAAAAAAAACGGAAACAGUCAAAUAUAUUAUUAAAAUCUGAUAGAGAAAUAAGAAAAUGUUUACCAAGUAUACCGACAAGUAGACUUCAACGUAUCAACAAAAAACUGUAUGAAGAAUCACUAAAAAUAUACAACUUCAGUAAAACUAAUGGACAAAUAGAAUCAACUUCUAACAAUGAACAAAAUGAUUUUCCUCAAAUUUCUUAUCCAACUAUUCAACCAUCUAACUCAAUAGAUGAAAAAUAUUCAUCUGGAACCUUAUCUACACAAUUAAAACCACAUCCGACAGACAUUGAAAUUCCAGAAAAAUCUGAAAUGAUUAUUCCUUAUUAUGGUACAUCAACGAUUUCUUCACUACAAGUUACUAAUAAAGCUGAGAAUGAUUCUUUUAUAUCAAAAAAUGCUCAGGAGAUGAAACAUUUGAAUCCACCAAAUGUCAUCUAUAUUGAUAACAUACCAUUAUCAGUAUAA